UUUGGCCUCUGUUGGUCUGGUCGCUAUUGUGUUGUUGUGCUGUUGUGCCUGCGUAUCGAACAACAGGUCUUCCCGUUUUCGACUGUCAGAAUGGCUAUAAACAUCAUUACAUUUUCACAGUCAUUCAGACGCAGUCAGCUCACGCUCAGUUAUCGCGUUACAUUGGAGCUGUUCAGUUCAUUUUGGCACAGCACUUCCCAGCGUCUUACGCGCACUCGUUCGUUGUGGCGAAUAUACAUACACGUCUUAAUCCCAAAAAGAACCAAAUACAAUAUACCCACACGGUAAGGCGAAAGAGUGCAGACGAGACGCUUGGAGUCGCAUUGAGUAGCGUUGAGUUGAACAUUUCGAAACGAUUCUGCUGUGGUUUACAUACCGUCAAGCGAAUAGUCGUUGUUUAGUCAGUGAUCUUUGUCGGUUAGCGUUAGACGUAUGCGCGGAAGCUCGAGCAGAUUGAAAAAUUUUACUCAGUACAAUAAAUAAAAACAAAGUCUUUGAACGAACUAAGAUUUUCUAAACACCACCAGCGAGAACAGCAACAAGAAAUACCAUCUCUAAAACAUUUUUGUAUUUCCACGCAGGAAUACAAAUUUGAUUUUUACUUUCGCCAGAAAAUAACCGUGAAAUAUAAAAGAAACAACAACAAAAACCGCCAAUUCGAUCGUUUUGAGGCUCGCGUGGUCGGUCAGUCAUUUGUUAAGGACGAGUAUUAUAAGUAAACGCGUACAAAAUGGCAACAAAGAAGAAUGGUAAUGCCGUAACGGAAUUCCAAUUUCCACAACGUAAGGAGAAGCAAACAUGGUUGGAAAUAGUCUACAACAAAAAGAAUGGCACCUAUUUUGGACGUACACCCAAAAGUUGGGGUCAAUUGAUGCUUUUCUACACCAUUUUCUACAUAGUACUCGCCGCUAUGUUUGCAAUAUGCAUGCAGGGCCUAUUCGCCUCGUUGAGCGACAAAGAACCGACUUGGAAAUUGGAAGGAUCACUGAUUGGCACAAAUCCCGGUUUAGGUUUUCGUCCACUGAGUGACGAGACCGAACGUGGUUCGGUAAUACAAUUCGACACAAAGAAGCCAGAGGAAGGACGCUAUUGGCAAGGACUGAUUGAUCAAUUUCUGGAGAAAUACCGCAGCACUGGCCAGAAAAAAAUCUGCCAAUUCAAUCAGACACGUAAUGCCAAUCAAGUUUGUGUUGUCGAUGUAAAUAGCUUUGGUCCAUGCUCACAGCAAAAUGCCUAUGGUUAUCAGAAUGGACGUCCGUGCAUUUUCUUAAAGUUAAAUAAGAUCUUCAAUUGGCAGCCACAAUUCUUUGAUAAUAUAAAAGAGCUGCCUAAGGAAAUGCCUACCGAACUUAAGGAGCAUAUUGGAAACUUAACCGAUGUGCAGCGCCAGCAAGUUUGGGUAUCCUGCAAUGGACUGCACCCCGUCGACAAGGAGGCUGUUGGUGAAAUGAAAUUCUAUCCCGGCCGCGGAUUCCCCGCCUACUACUAUCCAUACCUGAACCAGCCCGGCUAUGUUAGCCCACUGGUUGCUGUACAAUUCGAAAAACUGAAACAAAAUCAACUGGUGAACAUUGAAUGCCGUGCAUGGGCCAAGAAUGUCAUCUACAGCGGCAGUUUGAAUGCACGAACCGGUUCCGUAACUUUCCAGCUGUUUGUUGAUUAAACAACAACUAUGCAGAGCGCACAGUAACAGCAGCAGCAACAACAACAAUAAAAAAAUAACAAAAAUAAAAUUACGAAAACCUAUUUGCAAAGAGCAGAUCGUCUGUAAGAUUGUACUCAUAAACGAAGAAAAGAAAAAGGGAGAAAAUUGCAAAUGUAAGAAUCGCAAAUGUAAUGUUUACCUUUUAUCUUAUCAUGAAGCAUUUUUCGCCAUAUAUAACCCCGUUAUAAAUGCUAUCUUGAGUCAACGAAAUGCGGAAUGCAAAGCAAAAUCGGAGUUUUUAUGAGUCACACGAGUUAUUGUUGUUAGGCGAAAAUUGAUGAAAAAAAUAUUACAACGUUUAAUAAAGUAGCAAAUUUCUCUUGUAAACGAAAACGUUUGAUAGAGAACAAUGUGGUAAACGAAUGUUUUUUUUUUUUUUUUUUGUAAUUUUAAGUUAAUUAAGCAAGUUGAAAGAAAUGCAUAUAAUAAAAUUGUAUCUAUGAGAAAUUUAUAUAGGUAAAAUAGAGAAAAAUAAUAAUAUAAUGCAUAAGCGUGGGUGAGCGAAAGGAAAUUUCGCAACAACAACAACAAUUGCUUAUUUUUCAGUAAACAAAAAAGCGCAUAUAUGUAAAUUAAAACAAUAACAGCUAAAAUUAUAAAGUUCAAAAUUUAAACUCAAAAGCUAGCGCAUGCGCAUACACAGGCACAUACAUACAUACAUAUACACAUGUACAUACGUGCAUACAUAUUUUUUUUAUAUUUGCAAUGUGCGGCAUUCGAAAAUAUUUCUUAUAAAGUGGCAACGUUUACAACCAAAAGAAACAACAACAACCAAAAUCGUAUUGAAACACGCGAACGCAUAAAAAUAAAAUGAAAAUGUUUUAUUAAAAAAAAAUUAUUAGUAGUGCCGUUGCAGGCUUUGUGUAUGUUUGUAUGCAUUCUCGCCAAAUCCGUACCACCACACACAUAUGCAUAUAUACAAACACAUACACACACACACACACGUAAAGGCAAACACCAAUGCAGUGAGAGGCUGCUUAUCUUAAAUUUGUAACUCCUUAUUUUUUUUUUUUUUUUUUUUUGUUAAGUUGAGAAUCUAAAAAAAAA